AUGAACCCGGCAGUCAUCUUGACCACCCUCAUCGCCGUGACGGCUGCGCUUCGCAUUCCUUCCCAACACUCAACUCAGUCCGUCGUGGUUUUGGACACCGAAGAUAUUGAGGUUGCCUGCUCCAUCUUUUGUAUUGGGCUCACCAAGUGCUGUCCAAGCGGGUUCUGCGUGGCUCUCUGGGAGUCUUGCUAG